UCCAAACAUUUGUGCGAUUGUUUCCACCUCCAAUCAUGAAGCCUCUUCCCUCGUCAUAGGCUGCGUUCUCCCGUCCACCAACAUCGAGCAGCAGAUGAGGGAGAUCAGGGAGGUGUGUCGGGAUGGGAAGGCCAAGAGGGCCCUUUCUAAUAACAACGGGUCUCCUCAGCCCCGGGCACCAUGUGACCAGACCGUCUUCCCUGUCUACAAGGGCGUCAUGACCUUUGACCUCAGCAAACAGCACAACCUGCUGGUGACCGGAGGGAUGGACAGGGUGCUGCGUCUGUGGAACCCCUACGUCCCUGGGAAGCCCACAGGUGUGUUAAAGGGACACUCUGCUCCCAUCUUCUACCUCUUCAUCUCCUCAGAGGAAAACCGUAUAUUUUCUGUCUCUAUGGACAACACUGCCAAGAUCUGGGAUAUCCAUGACCAAAGCUGCCUCGUCACAGCCCACCCCAAAGCCAGCCUCAUCCGUGGAGACAUGUCUGCAUGCCUGUAUUCUCCUUCCACCAAGGCACUGUACAUCGCAGCAGACUCACUAGCGCUGCUCUCUCUCAGGACCAGCCCCCAGCCCCAGGGACAUCUGAUCGUGUCUCACAUGGAGCCUGUGUUGUGCUGCGGCUAUAGCCACGAGUUCAGACAGGUCGUCAGCUGCACAGAAGGAUCCGUGGUGAAGGUGUGGGAUUUCGACACAGGGAGCCAUGUGUUUGAAUUUGGUGGUGCCCACGGACAAUCUGCCAUUACCUGUAUGACUUUUGACCCCAAGGGAAGGAGACUGGUCACUGGGGGGAGAGAUGGCUUUCUAAAGAUCUGGAACUUUAACAAUGGUCAGUGUCUGAAGAUACUAAAAAAGGAUGGGGAGUCCAGCGAGGUGUGUGACUGCGCCUACCUGACAGUCCACAGAAACACGUAUGUGAUGUCUGUUGGAUGGGACCGCAGGAUUGACAUCUACUCUGAUUCACCAGACGAGCCUCACCACAUCCAGAAGCCUCAGCCCUCAUGGCAAGAUGAUCUGAGGAGGGGCCACAUAGAGGACAUCCUGUGUGUGGCCCAGUGUCCCCCCUCCCUUCUGGCCACCAGCAGCUAUGACGGGGAGGUCAUUGUGUGGAACCUGGUCUCCGGACACAUCCAGUGUCGCUUUGCCAGCCCUCUGCAACCUGACUGCUGCCAUGCCCAAGGGAUGGAUACCUGUGUUCCCAGCAUCAUCUUCCUGAGGAGCCGAGCAUUACAUGCUAAGUUCUCCUCCGCUGCAUGCCUCCUGUCCUCAGGACCCACAGGUUGCAUUAAUUUCUGGAACGUGCUCAACGGUGGGAAAUUAUUGGCCAACUUCGAGGCAUCUAGGUUCCAGCAGCUGAUCACUAAACUGGCAGUGACAAAGGAAGAUACCUCACUGUAUGCGGCUGACCAACUUGGCUAUGUCUAUGUUUAUGACAUAAAGACAUACGCUCUUGGCUCAGAGAGAACCCCACCGAGAGCUGAAAACUACUGGCGUGCCCAUACUGGCAGCAUCACCGGGUUGCAGAUUGUUGACAAUGACCAAGUACUGCUCACCUCGUCUAUAGACUGCACUGUGCGCCUGUGGAGUGCCUACGGAGAGUUCAUAGGGACGUUUGGGCAGCGGGACAAUUGGAGCAUCCACACCCCUUCUCCUGGAAGCAUCCUGCCGUUCCCUAUGAGAUCCUGAUCGACCCUCUGAGCAUGCCAGCUCACCACAUCCUGGAGGGAGAGACCAGAGUGUCCGAUGUCAUUAAC